GUGGGGCAUCUGAUUUUAAGAUCUGGACGCGUAUUUUUUAUUUGGAUUUUAUACACUCACGCCCAGUGGACCAAACAUCUGAUAUAGAAUUGAAUACUUGACAGCAAGUCCUGACGGCUGCAGAAUAUACAUCUUUGAUCUGGAGAUCUUUCUAAAUUAGAGGAGUGCGAUAUCUCAUGAAUAGACAGGAAUCUGGUCAUGACGAGACUACACGUAGUGGGGAACAACCAGGAGCGGCCAAUGGGGAUUCCAAUUUGAAUGUACCUCGGCGUAAGAGAGGACUUUCUCUUCGAACCCAACUUUUCAAUAAGGCGUUUCUGAUCCCUACAGAAGAAGCUCCACAACCAGAAACUCUUCCACCACCAGCACCACCACAACCACAACCACCUAGUCAAAAUGAUAUAGAAUUACAACAGAUAAACUUACCGAAAAUUAUAGAGCCUGAACAAGAUUCCAAGGGUAAUUCUAGAGUGGAAUAUGAACCAUAUUCCAAUCAAGCCAAUCGAUCCAACACACAUCUUACAUCUGAAUCAUCCAGAUUUUCACAAGAUGAGUCUAUUGAUAGGAAUGAACCUCCAAAGAAGCGGUAUUCGAAUAAAAAGAGUAAACUUGUGAAAUUAAAGAAUAAGAUUUUAGGAAUUAAAGAUUUGAAGCCAACCAUGAAUGGGAGAAUUAUUCCAAUUAGUGUUGAUCAUAAGAAUACCAAUGUCGUAUUUAACCAAAUGCUUUAUGACCAUCACACCAAGCAAUUGAUUGACGAGAGGAAUGAAGAACCAUAUUGUAGCAAUAUCAUUACCCUGUCAAAGUACAACAUUUACACGUUUUUACCUAAACAACUCAAAGCUCAGUUUUCCAAAGUGGCUAAUUGUUAUUUUAUGGUUGUUGCAAUCAUGCAAAUGAUCCCCUCGUGGUCCACCACGGGUCAGUUCACCACCAUCAUCCCCUUACUUAUCUUUAUGUCCAUCUCGAUUGCACGUGAAGGAUUUGAUGAUUGGAAACGACAUGUCAAUGAUAAGGAAGAAAACAAUAAAAUUGCCAGUGUCAUACGAGAAGAUGAAGAAUUUGUACAAUUGGAUACUCAUUCCAUUGCAACCAUAGUCACAGAGACUGUGAAUAUAAAUAAUAGCAAGUUGAUUGCCAACGAAGAUUGUCUUGAUGUUCCGGUGGAAACGGCACCUUCCAAAGAUCUUUAUACCAAUAAGGAGCUCAUGCGCAACAGUAACCUUAAGGAGUACCAUACCAAAUGGAAACGUCUUAAGGUUGGUGAUAUCGUCAAGAUUCACGAAGAUGAAUGGUUCCCCGCUGAUUUACUCUUGAUUGGCACUUCUAAUGAAACCCAAGAUUGCUACGUAGAAACAAUGGCACUUGAUGGAGAAACAAACAUGAAAACUAAAUGUCCUCAUCCAGAAAUUGCCAAGAGAUAUCUGAAAGUCAGUGGAUUGAAAAACCUUCAAACUUUGAUAACAGUGGAAGAUCCUAACAUUGACUUGUACAAUUUUGAAGGACAUUUCAGUUUGGGAGAUGAAACAUACCCUCUAGGUCCUGAUAAUGUAGCCUAUCGUGGUAGUAUCCUUAGGAACACCAAAUCCGUUAUUGGUGUUAUUAUUUUCACAGGGGAGGAGACGAAAAUUAGAAUGAAUAACAUUAAAAACCCAAGAGUGAAAGCUCCCAAAUUGCAGAAAAAUAUUAAUUAUAUUGUACUUUUCAUGGUUUUGGUCGUAAUGUGUCUUUCUGCCUUCCUGUUGAUGGCUCAACGACUUCUUUUGGUUGAAAAUCGAGAUAAAGCAUGGUACUUGUAUGGACAGGAUGCUGGAGUGGCGGCUACCCUUAUGGGGUUCAUCAUUAUGUAUAAUACCUUGAUUCCACUUUCGCUUUAUGUCACCAUGGAAAUCAUUAAGGUUAUGCAGCUAUUCCUUUUACAAAGUGAUAUCAAUAUGUAUCACGUUGAGAGCAACACUCCCGCAGACGCUAAAACCGCCACAAUUUUAGAGGAAUUGGGGCAAGUUAGUUAUGUGUUUAGUGAUAAAACUGGUACAUUGACGGAUAAUUUGAUGAUAUUCCGUAAAUUCAGUGUAUGUGGAAUGAGUUGGAUUCAUGAUUUGGAUAUUAAAGUUAAGGAAAAUGUACAAGAAGAGCAACGUGAACAGCGUGAACAAUUUGAUGAGCGCCGGGUACCUAAGGUACGGAAGAGUACAACCACCACAACUUCAAUAGUGCGAGAUCUGAUGGAUCUUACGUCCGUAGCUUCUAAUACUUCUUGGAAAUCAACUGCACAUCCUGUGAAAGUUCAAGAUUCAAGUUCAUCGCUUGAGCUCUUGAAAUAUAUUCAAACACAUCCACAGACUCUCUUUGCAAAGAGGGCCACUUUUUUCUUAUUGAGUGUCGCCCUUUGUAACACAGCAUUACCAAAGAAAGGAAAUCGUGGAAGUACUAGUAAUUUGAAUAGUAGAAGGAGCUCCAAAAUUCUGUUGGUUCAGGAAGAUUUCUUAGAUGAUGCAGAAAUACAAUAUCAGGCAGCCUCUCCUGAUGAAUUGGCUCUUGUUCAAGCUGCUAGAGACUUGGGAUUCGUUGUGUUUGAUAGACACCAUGGUGUACUUAAAAUUAAAACAUAUCCUCAAGGAUUUGAAAACGAACCUAAAAUUGAUGAAUAUGAAGUGUUGGAUGUAAUUGAAUUCUCUUCAGAACGGAAGAGGAUGUCUAUUAUUGUUCAAUUCCCCGAUGGUAGAAUAUGUCUUGUUUGUAAGGGAGCAGACAGUAUUAUCAUGGAGAAACUCAAAAAUAAGGAUUUAGCAUUAGAGAAGGCACGAGAAAUUGCUCAAAAUUCUUCUGAGAGAAAGAUGAUGGAAGCAGAUACUAUUAUUCAAACGAGAAUGUCGAAUGAAAUGAUGGAUGGUAGAAGCUCAUUUGGAUCUAUUAGACGAAGUUUGAGUCUCAAUGGACGUACUUCUGGGGAUGCGACAAUAGAUGGACGUUUGAAUUCCAUUGAUUACAACCUUAUGCAUCAUGAAGAAGAAGAAUUGAAUAGUAUUGCAUCACAAAAUAGAAAGUCUUUACAAAGGAAACAGAGCACCAAAUAUAGCCUUGACUUAGAAUCCAAGAUUAGGAAAUUCAUACCAAGUGAUAAAUUGUUGGUUAAUGACGAAUUUCUUAUUGAGAAGACUCUUGAACAUAUUGAAGAUUUUUCCACUGAAGGGUUGAGAACUUUAUGUUAUUCAUUCAAAUGGCUUGAUAAGAACUCCUACCAAACUUGGUCGAAGGACUACAGUGAAGCUAAGACUGCAAUCUCAGAUAGAGCAACUAAAGUACAAGCUGUUGGAGAACGCAUCGAGUUUGACUUGGAACUUAUUGGUGCUACUGCUAUUGAAGAUAAAUUACAAGAUGGUGUUAGUGAGGCCAUUGAUAAACUUAGAAGAGCAGGAAUUAAAAUGUGGAUGCUUACAGGUGAUAAAAGAGAAACUGCCGUCAAUAUUGGAUACUCUUGUCGGUUGAUCAAAGAUUAUUCAACUGUUGUUAUAUUGAGUAUGGAAGAAGGACGGGAUGGACUUAUGCAAAGAAUUACUUCUGCGGGAAUGGAAAUACGUGGUGGCCGUGUAGCACACUGUGUAGUCGUCAUUGAUGGUGCUACAUUGGCCGAUAUCGAGAAUGAUUCUGCGCUCAUGUCAAUUUUUGUGGAAUUCUGUGUUGAAGUCGAUUCAGCCAUUGUUUGUCGUGCAUCACCUUCUCAAAAGGCGAACAUGGUGAGUUCCGUAAGAAAAUUAAAACCUUCAUGUGUUACAUUGGCUAUUGGUGAUGGUGCGAAUGAUAUUGCAAUGAUCCAAAGUGCUGAUAUUGGAGUUGGUAUUACCGGGAAAGAAGGACUUCAAGCAGCAAGAUCUUCAGAUUAUUCUAUUGCGCAAUUCAGAUUCCUUCUCAACCUUUUAUUGGUUACUGGCCGGUAUAAUUAUAUUCGUACAUCCAAGUUUGUCUUGUGUACUUUCUACAAAGAAUUGUUGUUUUAUUUGACCCAGGCAGUCUAUCAACGAGAGACCCUCUUUUCAGGUUCGUCCAUGUACGAAAGUUGGUCAUUGUCAAUGUUCAACACUCUUUUCACUUCGUUACCCGUUCUUUGCGUGGGGAUGUUUGAUAAAGAUUUAAAACCUGCUACACUCCUUGCAGUUCCUGAAUUAUAUGCUAAGGGAAGAUUAUAUCAAGCUUUCAAUUUGAAAAUCUUUAUUACCUGGAUGGUUUUAGCAACAUUACAAAGUCUCUUUUUAUCCUUCAUAAGCAGUAUAGUUUGGGGGGAUUCAGCCUUGAGAGAUAACACCACAUUCCCAGUGGGGUCUUUGCUGUUUGCAGUAUUGACUAUUGUGAUCAAUGCAAAGUGUGAAUUGAUUGAAAUGCAAAACCGUCAAUGGCUUGCAUUUGCAGCAUUCAUUAUUUCUGUUGGAGGAUAUGGAAUUUGGAAUGUUCUUAUUAUGUUCCUUUAUAGAGCAAAGGCCUCAACCAUUUUCUUUGUAGAUUAUGGUCUUUUAACAUUUGGCCAAGAUACUUCUUGGUGGGCUGCCUUAUUAGUACUUGCUACGAUUAUGCUUUUAUUUGAUAUUUUGAUCAAAGUUUUCAAAUUUAUGUUCAAACCAAGUGAUGAUGAACUUUUCAAAGUAUUCGAACAAGAUAUUGAGAUGAGAAGAUUAUUUGAAGAAAAUGCAUACACUGAGCUUCAUCAAGGUUGGACUUUUGAAAAGCAACCAUCAACUUGGAGAACUGGUAUCAUUAAGUUAUUGGGGAGGAUUGGAAUCAUGCGCCCUCCAAGGUUGACCGAAGAGGACACUAGCUCGCUGGCUAGCGCAUAUCAACAGACUGCACAACAACGUAAACGUGCUGGUACUAUACCUACAUCUUCAGAACUUGCGCCUGGAAGUUAUGGAGAAGCAUUACGUCCAGGUGAUGCUUCAUAUGAUGUUCUUCCUAGUGGGAAGAGAGUAAGAAAGAAUAGUUGGUGGCAACGUGGAAAUGAAGAAGAUAUCGAUGCUUUGAUUGCACGAAGAACGGGGGAAGUUCCAUAG